AAUAUUCAGCCGUGCUCUUUUCUCCAUCACUUUGUGUCAGUCUGCAGCAUCAUCACAAGAAGGGGGAAUUCAAAUACUCAAGAUGCCUGAGAAAGCACCAGAGAGGAAAUCUAAAAUAUCAGCCUCACGCAAGCUCAUGCUGAAGAGCAUGAUGGUGGCCAGAGCGAAGGAGGAGCUGGAGCAGGAGAUGGAGGAAAAAGAGGAAGAGAAGUCACAGUACCUGGAAGAGAAAGCUCCUCCGAUGCAGAUCAGUUACAUGUCCUUGACAGAGCUGAAGACAUUAUGUGAAGAACUGCACGCCAAAAUAGAUGUGGUGGACGAGGAGCGGUACGACAUUGAAGCCAAAGUCAUGCACAACAGCAGAGAGAUCAAAGACCUGAACAUCAAGGUGCUGGACCUGCGAGGGAAGUUUAAGAGACCCAGCCUCCGGAGAGUGAGGGUUUCUGCUGACGCCAUCCUGCGCUCCCUGCUGGGCUCAAAACACAAGGUUUCUUUGGAUCUGAGAGCCAACCUCAAAUCAGUCAAGAAGGAGGACACAGAGAAGGAGAAGACAGCAGAGGUGAGCGACUGGAGGAAGAAUGUGGAAGCCAUGUCGGGCAUGGAGGGCCGCAAGAAGAUGUUUGAUGCAGCGAAGGGCAACAGCCAGUAACACGAACGAGCAGCCAUUCAUCUCAUGUCAAAUAUAGUCACUUGUGAUCAGAUCAGAGACUCAUCAUAAAACAUAAACUCCACAAGGUCACACAGACAAUUACUUGCUUUAUCAUAUUCAGUAUAUUUUAUGUGUUUUGCUUCAUUGUCACUGAAAUAAACUCAG